GUUCCCUUCCCAACAGCCUCCUCAACACUCCCAAAACUCUUGAAACCCAAACCCCCCUCUGUAGAUAGGAAACAGGAAAUCACCUCUCUCCUCCUCCGAACCCACAAAUCAAACCCACCAAUCCACACAAUCAAACCCACCUCUAUGAUCGGAAACCACCUCUCUCUCUCCUUUUCGUCGCCAGUGACUUCUUUCCGAUCGAAGCCUCUGGUCCCUUCGAGAACAGUCCUUCGAUUCUUUGACGGCUUGGUCUCCCGAUCGGAGAGCAAGUCCCUGGUUCUCCGGCGUUUCACCGGCGCCGGUAAACCGACAGCCUUCGCCGAGAAACUCUAAUGGUUGAGGCGGCACUGGUGUAGAAUGAGAUCCAGAUGAGAGAGAGAGGCGAGGUGCUCCAGCGAAUGCUUAAAUGGCGUGGUACCUGUUGAGUCUGCUGGGUGUUUGCUUUCCCCCUUUUUGUCGCCAUUUUGAGGAGUAUUGGGUUUUGGCUAGGAAGCUGGAGAUGCUCUAACAGAGCGAGUCGGAUCGCUUGCGGCCUUACCCUUUUUUAAGUUUUUAACUUUGUGAAUUGCAGUUUAUAAUCCCCAAUCGAAGUCGGCCCGUUGAGUCGAGUCUAUCGACGGCGAGAUCAAAUACAGUUAUGACGACGCCGUAGACGGAGUCGAUAAAUCCUCAACUCUUGAGCAGCGAAGAUCGAAGAUUUCACAGCCGACCACUGAUUUGGAGCAUCUCCGUCGAUAAUCAUGGCGGAAAGUGAACCUCUUCAACCAAAGCCUCGUCCGAUCGUCCGAAUUGGCAUUUUCCUCAUCUCUCACAGCCUCCUCUUCAGCGUCGUUUGCUGCGCCGCAGGGGUUGUGGCUCUGUUGCUGUUACCUGUCCUCGCGAAAAACACCUACAUCUCCGAAAAUGCUUUAAUGCCUGGCUCUGCCCACCCCAUGCUUUCCUCUCAGGAUGUGUCAGAGGCAAAUAAAUUUGUACAGGAUAUAACCAAUUUGAACUUGAAAUCUACUGGCGCUAGCAUAGGAAUCCCGGGGAUGGUAGCACAGCAUAUGGAGGGUUUAGGUGCUGAAGCUAGUUAUCACAAGUUCCACCCUGAAUUAAAUAAGUUUCAUCCACUGCACUUUUUUUCUGGUCCUGACCAUGGAAAAAUCCAAGAGAACUGGACUUGUUCGUCCUAUGGCAUCAAUGCAGUUGGAAUUAUUAGAGCUCCACGUGGCGAUGGGAAGGAAGCUAUUGUAUUGGUGACACCUUACAAUUCUGUGAAGAUCUCACUAGGUGAGGCCUUAUCAUUAGGCAUCGCAUCCUCAGUAUUUUCUUUGCUUACAAGAGUAACUUGGCUUGCAAAGGAUAUUAUAUGGCUUGCUGCGGAUACACAGCACGGAGAAUAUGCCGCUGUUGAUGCUUGGCUUAGAGAUUAUCACACACCUAUAUUUGGUGGUUUGGAAACACGAAAUCCUGAAACGUGUCGAGAAAUAAGUAAUUCUUAUGAGUUGAAAAAUAGCCCAGUUACUGGAGCAGAUAUAUCUGAUGUUUUUAGACGUGGUGGGACCAUGGCUGCUGCCCUUGUCAUUAAGGUUUCUGAUAGAAGCGCGGAAGUUGAGAGGGACACACUUAGUAUUUAUGCUGAGGCAUCCAACGGGCAGAUGCCCAAUCUUGACCUCAUCAAUGUUGUGAACUAUUUGGCAGUACACGGUCAGGGUUUGCGAGUAAAAGUGGAGAAAUUGUGGUCUUUGCAUGACUCUAAGUUGCUCAAGGUUCUGGGUCAAAUUUUUGAGUCAAUAGGAAAAGUCACUAGAAAAUUAAAUCCCGAAUGGAAAUUUGGUGUCCCUGUUGCAGAUUAUAUUGAAGGUACUGCUACGCUUGCCAGUUCAUUAUAUCGCCAGGCAUUAGGUGUUCCUACUGGUUCCCAUGGUGCUUUCCGAGAUUAUCAAGUUGAUGCAAUUACUUUGGAAAUUUCACCCACUUUUUCUCCAUACAACAAGGGCAGGAAAACUGAGUUUCUUCUGCGAGGUGGAAGGUUGGUUGAAGGAGUGGUACUGUCGGUAAAUAACCUCCUCGAGAAGUUUCACCAGUCAUUUUUCUUAUACCUCUUAACCUCUGCAAACAAGUUCGUGUCGGUUGGGGUGUACAUGAUUGCUUUUGCGCUGCUUGUUGCUCCCCUACCCUUGGUUGCAGCUUCACUUUAUUCUGAUGGUACCAAGCAAGAUUUUAGUUCAGAAAAAGAUAAGCCCACCUCUUCUUCAGCCCCUGUUGAUGCCGUCUCUUUUAAAUCAUGGAUAUGGCUUCAUGCAGCAAAAACCGUGUUUGUGGUUUACCUAUGGAGUGCCAUCGUUACAUUGCUUCCGUAUGUCAUAAGUCAAGUACCUGAUUGCCCACCAAUGCAUAGCCUUAUAAUCUGGAUUUUGCUUUCAGUAUUCAGCCUUCUCUUCUUGCGCUCGAUCUUGGGUUCUUCUUUUUCAUUCAUUAGUGUCUCCCAACUUCAGGAUAAGGAAUGGGCUCUCUUGAAAUCAGUGACAAUUUCAGGUGCAUUUGUCAGUCUUUGUCUAAUGUCAAUCAUCAAUUUUGCCACAGCGGAAAUUGGAGCUCUGUUGAUUGUGCCGAUGUGUUUGAUGGCUACACCUUUGAUUUUCGAUGUCAAAGAUUGGUCUCUGAGAUCUCUCACUAGGGCAGCAUGUAACCUUCUGUUGACAUUUGUUGGGUUUCCUCCCACUGCAUACAUCAUUACGAAAGGUCUGUUCGAUGGUUUUGGCAGCGUGAAUGUUGGUGACUUCUGGAAUUGGGCUGAGUCCCUUUGGAUGUGGAACAGCGCAACAUAUCUCUACGUAUGUAUGGUUCACCUUCCUUGUUGGGCGUUGUGCGUUUACAUUUUUCUGCAUCAUUGACUCGUCUCAGUUGCAUGCGAUGCUUGACUUGAAAUUUGUAAUAGAUAGAGGGAAAAAAUGACCUGAAGUUUAGACUAGUCUUUUUAGGGUUAGUGGGAUUGAACUUAUGAAACCCCUGCUGGGUAUUUCCUCGUUGUGACGAACACGAAUACCUUUUACUCUUGUUCAAUAGAGAAUUGUUGGAGAAUUUUAGUUCGGA